CCGGGUCGGAACGCCGUGGCUCCCCUCUGCUUCCACCUCAGUAACGACCUGGUCGGGGCUCUCAUAGGUCGGGGUGGAGCUAAAAUAAGAGAACUUGAGGGAUCUUCAGGUUCCACAAUAAAGGUUAUAAAGGGAGCGUCUGAAGCUGAAGUAAAGAUUUUUGGCAGUAUUGCUGGGCAAAACAAAGCCAAGAUGUUGAUUGAUGAUGCCCUUGCAAGGUCUGGACAAAACUACAUUAGAAAUGGAACUGAGAGAGGAAAGAUCUUGGACACUACCAAGCCUGAAAAUAACCCAAAGCAGCCAGUGAUUGACUGGGCCUCUCUUCGAAAAAACAGAGCUAAAUAUGAAGCUAUGAAGUGGGCAGGCUUGCCUCCAAUUGAGAAGAACUUCUACAAAGAGUCAUCAAGGACUGCAUCUAUGUCACAAGAAGAAGUGGAACUGUGGCGGAAAGAAAAUAAUAAUAUCAUUUGUGAUGACUUAAAAGAAGGUGAAAAGCGCUGCAUUCCCAAUCCUGUUUGCAAGUUUGAAGAUGUAUUUGAGCAUUAUCCUGACAUUAUGGCUAAUAUAAGAAAAGUUGGCUUUCAAAAGCCUACACCAAUUCAGUCCCAGGCAUGGCCGAUUAUACUCCAAGGAAUUGAUCUUAUUGGCAUAGCACAGACCGGUACCGGGAAGACGCUAGCGUACUUAAUGCCUGGGUUCAUUCACUUGACUUCACAACCAAUAUCCAAAACCGAGCGUGGGGGGCCUGGAAUGUUGGUCCUUGCUCCCACUCGAGAGCUGGCACUUCAAGUAGAGUCAGAGUGUGCAAAGUACAGAUACAAAGGGAUUAAAAGUAUUUGCGUCUAUGGUGGUGGGCACCGAAAAGAGCAGAUAGACGUGGUUACCAAAGGCGUGGACAUCGUCAUCGCUACUCCUGGCAGACUGCACGAUCUCCAGAUGAACCACUUCAUAAAUCUGAAGAGCAUAACGUACUUGGUGUUAGACGAGGCCGACAGAAUGCUGGAUAUGGGAUUUGAACCUCAGAUAAUGAAGAUCUUAAUAGAUGUGCGGCCUGACAGACAGACUGUUAUGACAAGUGCUACCUGGCCUGACGGUGUUCGUCACCUAGCGAAAUCUUAUUUGAAAAACCCUAUGAUUGUAUAUGUUGGCACUCUUGACUUAGCAGCAGUAAAUACAGUAGAGCAGAGAGUUAUUAUUGUCACUGAGGAGGAAAAGACAGUUUUGAUGCAACACUUCAUUGAAUCUAUGAAGCCAAAAGAUAAGGUCAUCAUUUUUGUGGGAAGAAAAGUUGUAGCUGAUGAGUUAGCAAGUAACUUUGGUCUCCAAGGAAUUCCAGUACAGUCACUUCAUGGUAACAGGGAGCAGUAUGAUCGAGAACAGGCUUUAGAUGACUUCAGGAAAGGCAAAGUAAGAAUACUGGUAGCUACUGACUUAGCAUCCCGUGGCCUCGAUGUGCAUGACAUUACUCACGUGUUUAACUUUGACUUCCCUCGCAACAUUGAAGAAUACGUUCAUAGAAUAGGUCGUACUGGAAGAGCAGGAUGUACUGGGGUGUCAAUAACACUUGUCACUGAGAAAGAUUGGAGGGUUGCAUCUGAGCUGACUGAAAUUCUGGAAAGAGCAAAACAAGUAGUUCCCAGCGAGCUUAUUGCAAUGGCAGAAAGAUACAAAAGAUUUAAAAACAGAAGGGAAGCUGAGAAGGGUAGAGGAAGGUUUCAGAGAAGGCCCCGAAACUAA